AUGUGCGAGAUUGAGAUCGACGCCUGCAUCGCCUCCAGUGAGCCCCCUUGCGCCAACAACGGACAGUGCAUCGACCUGCGGCAGGGUUACCGCUGCGUCUGCCAGACCGGUUUCACCGGUACCCAGUGCGAGAACGACAUCCCUUGCACACCGGAUCCCUGCGUUAACGCUUGUAUCAGUGGAACUUGCAUCAACGUCGGCGACACCUACACCUGCAAUUGCCCACAGGGCAUCACUGGCCAAUUCUGCGAGAGCACGGUAGCGCCGCCGCUGCCGUGCGACACAAACCCCUGCCUGAACGGUGAUUGUCAGAACGUUGGCGACACGUUCUUCUGCAUCUGCAACGACGGCUUUACAGGCCAGAACUGUGAGAGCACUGUUCCGCCGCCUUUACCAUGUGACUCCAAUCCUUGUAUUAAUGGCGAUGCUUGGAUGACACAGACUCUUAUCUCUGUAUCUGCAAUGACGGUUUCACUGGCCAGAAUUGUGAGAGUCCAUCCAGCCGUCCAUGCCGUGUAA